AGUUCACCGCGACACAACAACGAUGAGCUCAAAAAAAUCAUCGAAAAAAGCCGCGAAAGCGAAGGUCCCUGAUAGAAAUUUAAGGGUAACCGACUUUUUCACCCGAAGACCAGCCCAAGCGUCGAGUUCGUCGGUUGUGUCGUCUCAGCCCAGUCCAGUCGCGUUGGCCACACGUUCGCGUCAAACCCACGCUCAUGAGGCAUCUGUGGCAGUUUGUAACAAACAGACUAUGACUCCUAUUCUCUCUGCCUCGCGCACGUCCACUUCUAGUAGUUCUGCUACUCUUCUCUCUCCACCCCACACAGCAUCUAGAACUCGUUCUUUUGCUUGUCAAACACCAACAGGUCCUAUGCCGUCGUCUCGUAUUACACGCAGCCAUACAGCACAGAACACCCCUAGAAGGGUCUCUCAAAAGCGUCCUCGUUCCCCAGACCAGUCCCUUGGCGCUUCUCACCUCCUGAGCGCGUCUUCGUCCGUCAAGGCCAAACUGCCUCAUAAGCGCAAGAAGAAAUUCGAGAGCGACUCCGAGAGUGAACCUCCAACCGGUGUCAUUUAUGUUCAUAAACCAGGCUCUCCUUUUAAACCAUCCAUACUAGCCCCACCACUCACAGGGCCUCACACCCCAUCAUCCAACACCCGCUCCCUCAGUCAGGUCAAUGAACAGGUCCACAAAUGGCGCCAAACCACUUUGGCAUCACCAUCCUCGUCUGUCAUUAAUGACAGUAGCCCCUGUGACUCAGGUGUAACGGAUGCAGGCCUACCAGUACCUGUUGCCACCCCAUUAAAUGAUGACGCGCGCUCGCGCUCUGCAACGUCCUUGCCUAGUGCACCACCUGAGACACCCCUUCAACCCUCUGCUUCAUUGCCCUCUCCGCCUGACACCGCAGGUGCCCCGCCACACCCUGCCACACCUGCAUCUGAUAAAGCAGGCAAGGCUGCACAGCUCAUUGCAAAUAUCAAAGCAAAAGCAUUUGCCGAAAGUCCCCUGAGCGACGAGGAGAAAAACUACAAGUUCCGCGAGCUCGAUGAGAGCAGCGACGACGACCUUGAAAACAUGACCCUCCUUCCCAACAAGAAGGGCAAGGGCAAGAGCUCGCAUCUUCCUGUCCUGAAUGGUAUGGAUGGCGUAUUCGACUCGCCGCUAUCAAGUGUCGCAUCUUCGCUACCCAAACCCUCUACGUCCUACAAUCUCCGCAACCGCCGUUCUCCUUCUGCCUCCCCCACGCGCCCCCCUGUUGAUACCCACAAGAUGUCCCGAUCUCAAGUACACACCCGCUCUGGCCGUACAAGCAAGCCUGCGCCGCCCCUACACCUUCCCACCAUCGUCGUCACCAAGAAUGCACCUGGACCCUCAAAGCUCAAAAAGUCCUUCAACCCGCUUGAAGCGCUUCUUCGCGAGAAAAAGGCUGCGGAGAAACGCGGGAACGGGAGUGCUGCAUUCCUGCGUGCUGAGGACGCUUUACAAGCGCACAUCUCUUCGGAUGCGGAUCUGGGAGAUGAUUUGAACUUGGCAGAUGAGGGUGCCGCGUGGCAGGCGAUUCAAGAACACGCUCAACGCAAAUCGAGUAGCCCCAUGCUUGAACCACUGGAAGAUGAUGUGUUUAUGGGCGAGCGCGAGACUAAAAUUCUUGGUCGUGAGGCAGGCGAAAAGAUCGAAAAGAUCCUAACCAGUGACAAGAACAGCGGGAGCAGAAAGCCGAAAGGAGAAGGCGUGGGUGUGCCGCUCUGGCGGGAGGGCACGGAUGAUGGUGGGAUGGUUGUUGAUGAUGAAUAUAACGUGAGCUUCGGGGAUGCCAGUAACCAUCCCGUAUUGGCACUUUUGCAGCACUUGAGUGGGAUCGGAGCCGCCGAUCAACUGGCUUUGACUCUGUCUUCAGGAGUGCUCGGCGCUCUAGGUCCCGAGGAGAAAUCUAUUGUUGUCUCUCCUCUUUUUGCGCUGGCCAUCAGCCUUAUUGAGUCCCGCCUCUCUGGCGCGGCAUACAGUGCCCUGCAUAGUUUGUGGAGUGCAACAUCCUGCACAUCUAAAUCUGCGCUCCACUUUACUGAUAUCGCUACUGCACUCGUCAACCUUGGUGCAUGUCGCCAUGUGGCAGAAGACCUCCGCUGGACUAUCCGUGAGGAUGUGCACCCGUUACAUAUUACCGCUGAAGAUCGUUCGCGUGUUUUGAGUAAGCUUGUAACGCUAGUUGGCAUUGCUGGUCGGACGGAAAAUCUUGUGGCAGAAGACAUCCCGGAUGUGCUGUUGAGCCUCGUACUUAUCGGCCUCGACAGAACCACUUCCAACGAGUUGAGGACUAACUUACAUCUCGCCAUUGACGGCAUUUGUCGGACCAUUAAUACGUCAACUCACCUUUCCAUCCAUCAACGACUUCUCAACCAUGCGUCUACGCUUACGCCAGCCAAUAAAGCCCAUUUUGUUUCGUUCUUCAGUAGCGGCAGUGGCCGCACUCGUCACAUCGCACAAUGGCUAGCAUAUGCGAUGUUCCUUCCUAACAGUAGGCCCUCUGAUGCGCUCCCUCCACUCGAUCCGCUCAUCCUUCUGCUUUCACCUGUACCUGGCUCUGAUGAGCUCUUCGACGUGACAAGCGCGAAUGCGGACUUUGAGGACCUCGGGCAUUACUUCGCUAUCAUCAGUGUCGCGCUCACAAACAUCGAGGCUUACGUCCACGAAGAAAACUCGUUUUCCCAGUCGAUUUCUCGCCAAUCAUCGAUUGACGACAGCCCCCGGAAGAGUCAGAAGCCGCUUGCUCCCAUCGAACUACUCCUGCGGGUGUUAGAGGUUACGCAGGGGCGUAUUGUCGACACGCGCGCGGCGCACCUAGAUCGCUCACGCACAAAGGCAGAGAUGCAUCGCCUCCAGAUGCGCGUGUAUUAUCAACGCCAGGCACUCAAGCCCGCCGCAGCGUGGACAAAGAUGGCCACCAUUCAGCAUUACUUCGGCCCCAAGUAGCCUCCAAGCAUACCUGAGUCGUACAUUCUAGGCUCAUUCUUUUUUUUGCUAUUCUCUUUUCAACGUGUUUUAUGCAUGCCUCGCUUCUCUGCCAUGUGACUUCAUGUGAGUUGCUAACCUUAUUCCAUACGUAUCCACUUCGCUUCUGCAUGAUGCCCCUUUCGUCAUGUUUUCCUUUCAGAUGAUGCUUUCUCUCAACUUGUAUGAGCUACCGACAAUGCUACUCCCCGUCUCUUCGCCUGCUGCAGUAACAUAUUAUGUCCAUUAUAGCAUGCCUAUCGUAGAUGAAUCUGCUGUCAACCAGCUUUAAAUCGUGUAUGCUACCUUCGUAUUUGUAGCUUACUCUUAAUGUUUUUCA